CACCCAACAUGUGAUCAAAACUUACAAUGGUGGCAAACCAGCAUUAUCUAUCAAAUUUACCCUCGAUCAUUCCAAGACAGUAAUAACGAUGGUGUUGGCGAUUUGAAAGGGAUUGAACAACGUUUAAGCCAUUUCAAAGAUAUUCAUGUUGAUGCAGUGUGGUUAAGUCCUAUGUUUAAAUCACCGAUGAAAGAUUUCGGUUAUGAUGUGUCCGAUUAUACGGAUGUCGAUCCUAUUUUUGGUAACAUGGCUGAUUUCGAUAGUUUAUUAGCUGCUAUGCAAAAGCAAGGAAUUAAAUUAAUUCUUGAUUUCGUACCCAAUCAUUCAUCUGACCAACAUGAAUGGUUUAUUGAAAGUAGAUCGAGUUUAAAUAAUCCUAAACGUCAAUGGUACAUGUGGGCAGAACCGAAAGGUAUGGAUGCCGAUAAUAACCCUAUUCCACCCAAUAAUUGGAUAUCCGUUUUCAGUGGCUCUAUGUGGGAAUUCGAUAACAAGACAAAUCAAUUUUAUUUACAUCAAUUUUUAGUUGAACAACCCGAUUUAAAUUAUACUAAUCCUGAAGUUGUUGAAGCAUCGAAGAAUGUAUUAAGAUUUUGGCUAAAUAAAGGUGUUGAUGGCUUCCGUAUUGAUGCCAUUAAGCAUGUUUAUGAAAAUCCUAAAUUACCUGAUGAAGUCCCAGAUCCGAAUUACCGUCCUGGUGUUGAUGCACCUUACAGCUCGUUGAUCCAUAAUGAAACCACUGAUUUCCCACCAUUACACUGGUUAAAUCGCCAAUGGCGUUCUGUAUUUGAUGAGUACUCUAAAACCAAGCCAAGAUUUGCUGUUGGCGAAGCUUACGAUCCCAUUGAUAUCAUCAUGUUAUAUUAUGGUACCCAACAACAGCCAGAAUUUCAUUUCCCAUUCAACUUUUUCUUACUCACAUUGCCUAAAUGGACAGGUAAUACAUUAAAUCAAACAGUCCAUGACUGGAUGUCUAAAAUGCCAGCAUGCGGUUGGCCUAACUGGGUGGUAGGUAAUCACGAUAACCAUCGUAUCUCCAAUCGUCGUGGUCCUAAAUUAGUUAAAGCUGUCAAUGCUGUCAAUUUGCUCUUGCCUGGUACACCAACUACCUACUACGGUGAAGAAAUUAAUAUGCGGAAUGUCAAGAUUUCAUUAGCUGAUACUCAAGAUCCUUUUGGCCUACAAAAUCCCGACAUUUAUGAGUCCGUUUCGCGUGAUCCUGAGCGAACACCAAUGCAAUGGGAUGAUAGUCCAAAUGCUGGUUUCUCCGCUUCUGGUAUUAAAACAUGGCUACCUAUUGCUGACGACUACAAAAGUGUCAAUGUUAAGGUUGAGAAAGCAAAUCCAAAUUCUCAUCUCAAUUUUUAUCGUAGCCUAGCAACAUUGCGCCAGAGU